CCACGCAGGUGGAUCCCGCCGGGAGAAGAUGCGAUGAAGAUCAAUGUAGACGGGGCUAUUUCUUGCCACGGAGGAACUGGUGCAUCUGCUGCUGUAUGUCGGGACAGAGAGGGCAACUAUAUGGGAUCUUCAGCGGUGGUUUUUGACGGCCUAGUCGACGCCCCAAGCUUGGAGGCUCAAGCGUGCAAUGAGGCGCUUGCCUUGGCUCAAGAUCUUCUGUUGACACAUGUGAUAAUAGCCUCUAAUUGCAUGCAGGUUGUUUCGGAUAUCAAGGGGACUGCGUUUUCUACCUCCUAUGCUUUUGUAAUUCAGGAGAUUAAAGCUAGAACUACAGAUUUUGUAGAUGUUAACUUUCGUUUUGAAAGUAGAGAGGCAAACUUUGAGGCUCAUGCCUUGGCAAAGGCAGCCUCGUCUCUCCCUACUGGACGCCAUUUGUGGCUAGGGAACCCGCCAGACAUUACUUGUAUUCCAUCGGCUUUGGUUGAUCAAUAAAAUCCCUUGUUACAUGUAAAAAAAAAGUUGGAUCUAAAAUAUUAAGAAUCUGUAUCGGUUUAUGUACUAGAAUUUGCACCAAAUUUGCAUUGAUUUUUUAAUUAAGUUUUGGGGUUUGGCUAGAAACGACUUUUCUUUAGAGGAGCAAAUAUCCCCCUCUAAUGUUAUUCGGCUUUUUACCCCUCUAAAAUUUAGCACUCCCCACGUUUCUAAAUAUAAGUCCUUUUAGAAUAUUAAUAUAUAGACUAUAUACGGAGAGAGGCGUUUUGGAGGCCGAGCUCCAUGGAGGCCUUUAUUUUUUUAAAAAUCAAAUUCAAACUUUUAUGGUUCAAAAUUUCUAAAAAAAAACAUGCAUGUAUGUAAGGAUGUAACCCACAUGUGUGUCAAAAUUCAUGAUGAAAUACCUUGAGUUGCGACCUGUACAAAAAGACAAAUUGAUGGCAUGGGAGGAUGAAUAGUAUCAUGUGUUAAACAGUUUCAGAUUUGUCUUUUUUGCACGACCCUCGUUUCAAUGUAUUUUGAGCUGAAAAUUUACACACAUGUGUGUUAUGCCUUCAUUUAUAUCUGUAUUUUUUUCCAGAAUUUUUCGAAAUGUAAAAAUAUGAAUUUUAAUAAGAUUUCAAAUUUGAAUUUGGAGGCCUCACUAGAGGCCGAGCUCCAAAAGGGAUUUCUGCUAUAUACGGAUGUAUAUAGACGUAAUUUAGAGUGUAGAUUCACUCAUUUUACUCUGUAUGUAAUUUAUAUUGAAAUUUCUAAAAAGAUUUAUAUUUAGAAAGUAGGGAGUACGUUGGCUAGAGAUGCCUAAUGAAUGAUUGCUCCUGAUGCGCUUUUGUUAAAAUUUCUAGAAAAACUUAUAUUUAGAAAAGGGGGGAGUAUCACAAAAUUUCACACAGAUAAUAAUAACAAUUCAGUUUAUUUUCUUUAUGGAAGAAAAAAUAGCACGAUUUAGAAAGCCCUACAAAGCCCAAUUACCAAACCUUUUAUAUAUCUACUAUACUCCCGUCCAUCGAGAGUAUAUACUUCCUAAAUAAACGAAGUUCCUCUCUCGAGAAAAAGGGAUCUUUGCCGUCGCCGCCUCCUCCCGUCCGUCGCCGCCUCCUCUUGCACCCGUGCCCGCCGUGCAGUUUUGACCCGCCGGCGCACUUGCCUUCCAGCACGCCUCCCUCCAUCGAGAUCCGCCCCUCAUCGCCGUUGACGUUCAGAGUCGCUUCCCAAGUGCAGAGGUACGUCCCUCCCCCGUCCGGUUCCCUUCUCCGCCUCCCUCCCCUGUCCAACACCUCCGGUGCCGAGCCUAGCUUGGACGGACAUCAACCGAAGCUGCAGAAGGGAUCCUGAUUGGAUUGGUUUAAGGGGAAAAACAAGACAGGUACACAUCUACAAAUUUUCAGAGGCCAAAUCCCCAGCAGAGGUUCACGGUACCAGUAAUGUAGAUGUAUGGGUGUUUUGGAGGGCUACUGUCGAGAAUCGUGAUGGCUUGGAUCGUGGAGUUUAACUAAUUAGAUUGUAAUGUUCGCGAUCUAAAAAGACCAAGUCAUUAUAGUGUUUGGCACCCCUCUUGAGAAAAAUUGCAAUAGUUUUGCUCGUUGAAAGGAUUAGAGUUCAUCAGCCAUGAAUACUGUGAUAACAAGCUUCAGUUUCAAAUUUCAAUGGUCUCCGUGCAAAAGGAAUUGAUAUUUAAGGGAUGUAUCUAUGUAGUGUGCUGCACAGCUUCAGAUUUGUACAGCGACUAACUUCAGAUUUGCAGCUCUGAAUUUGAUUGCUGUGUCAACUAAUUUACAUUGUGCUGCAGAGCUACAGCGCCUAUCUUUUGCGCGCUCUUGCUUGUUUGUUGCUGUGUACUCCCUCCGUCCCAUAAUAUAAGAGCGUUUUUGACACUACACUAGUGUCAAAAACGCUCUUAUAUUAUGGGACGGAGGGAGUACAUUGUUGUUUCAGAGCUACCUCAAAUAUUAUUGUUUCAUGAUUCUAGUAUGCUAACCUUCACACAGUAUUUUUCAUGGCUGUGUUCUGUUUUCCUUGCUGAAUAUAGUGUGUAGUUUAUCUGUAUUGCAUCAUCGUUUUUCGGACUGAAGGAACUCUGAGACCACUGGACGUGAUUCGAUCCCUCCUAUUGACUUCGACUGGGCGUUGAAGAUGCAUAGCAACAGGGCGAAUGAUAUCACGCCUUGGGAGGUCAAGAAGAGGAGUAGGAUUCACAUGGCCAAUGCACAAGAUGGUUGCGGGGCGUCGAUUCCGUAUGAGAUGAUCAUAGAGGUACUGCAGUGGCUCCCUGUCAAAUCUGUCUUCCGCUUCCGGGCAGUUUGUCGCUCCUGGGCAGUGCUGCUCUCCUCCGAUGAAUUCCGCUGCCUCCAUAUGACAGCAGCUAAGGAUGCAAGGCGGCAGGCACCACCACCCCAGCUGCUAUACAUCUCACCUACCACCACAUUCGACUCAACCACGGUCUACUCGUGCUCCUUCUCGCCAUCAUCAUCAUCUAACCGCCCCAGAGAUCGCGGGGACCUACUGUUCACCAUCGAAGGUGCCCGUGGCAACUGUGUGGAAGUAGUGACGCCUGUGCCGUGCCGCGGCCUCACCCUCCUCUACGACGCUAUCGGCGCAGCUUUCUACAUCUGCAACACGGCAACACGAGCUGCUACGCGUCUGCCAGCUUCCACUGAGGAACGAGCAGCCAGGUCCGCUGCUGGGCUGGGGUUUGAUGCCCAGACAGAUGAGUACAAAGUGGUGAGGUUGAUCAGUAGGUUGUGUCAUCAGGAGGACAUGGUGAGGUGUGAGAUUUACACACCUGGAGGCCGCUCUGGGGAUCGCUGGAGGCCGCCUGCCGGAGGAGUACCCUUGAGCUUGCAUCAGUUUGUAUAUGCCGCUGUUAAAAAUGCGGAAUUGAACAAAUUACCUCCUGUGUUUGCCAACGGUUGCCUGCACUGGUUGAUGAGACCUGCCUCUUUCACCACGACUCCGAGUGUUGCUGUCGUGUCCUUCUCGGUCACGGAGGAGACCUUCACAUGUCUCCGGUCACCGCCCUUCUGGGUACCAGGAGCGCCGCCGAUCAGGUAUGGGUUGUCCAAAGAGCAACUAGUGGAGAUGGAUGACCAACUAUGUUUGGUCCGAGAUACUCGCAACACAAUCCUUUAUGCUAAUGUUUUGGAGAUCUGGAAACUGCCGGACUAUAGCUCUGGUGACUGGUUACUGAGUCACCGGAUCAAUUUGUCGAGCCACCUGGCAAGAGAUUUACGCGAAUCACAAAUUCUGAGAGUUAUUGGAUGUUUUGGCAUCAAUUCCAGCUCGCCAAGGAAGAAGAUAGUCAUCACUACUAGCAAGCACAAGAUUUUCGACAAGUAUCAGAAAAUGGUUCACACGUAUGACCCUAGGUCUGAAGCUCUAGAAACCAUUCUUUCAAUCACGGAGACACACUCAACUCCAUAUUAUGGCCCCCCUAGUUCAAGGUUUAGUUUCAUUCAAGAUACCCUUGCUCCUGUGCAUAAAACAGAUGAAGAGAUAGCCUUGUCAUCUGACCUGGCUAAGGUGACUGGAGAGAUCCUACUCCGUCUCCCAGCUAAAGCAGUGAUACACUCCAAAUUUGUCUGCAAGCAGUGGUUCAGAUUGAUUGAGAGUGAAAACUUCAUUCAGUCAUACUUUCAGCAUAAGAACAUGGACAAAAGACCUAAGGUCAUGCUUCUGGUCAAGGGCACUGGACAGUUGGCCUUCAGUUUUUCUCCCUUGAAUAAAUGCCUCCAAGAAGCUCCUAGUAACAGUACACUACUUGACACAAAGGUGGUUUGCUCCAAGCCUUGCCAUGGGCUGAACUUGGUAAGUACCAAGACGAGGGACUAUCUCUGCAACCCAUGUACAGGUUUCCACAGGGGCUACUCACUGGGGCCAAGUUUGCUGCAGAGUAAAGCAGAAGAACAUGCUUUCACAGUCGGCAAUAAGAAUGUUGGCUUGACUUUCGACCCUUUGACUCAUCAACAUGUUAUGGUGGCAAUCUUCUAUCGCCAGAAGGACUUCAAAUCUCGUCAAUAUGACCUGACAUGCACGUUACGCUGGUGUAACUCUCGGGAUCGUCCCCAACGGAGCUCGGUACCGCCUCUGCCUGUGAAUGACAUGCCACCAGCAUAUGUUGAAGGAAUGCUGUACUGGAUGAGUGAACCAAGGUUGGGACGGAGCUGUGAAUGGACCAUUGUCUCUUUCAACCUUGCUACAAGAAUUUUUGAUGUUGUCCCUUGCCCUUCAUGGUUUGCAAGAUGGAAUAGCAGAAACUGUUGUCGUGCAUUUGUUGUUGAGCUUGAGGGAGUAUUAUGUGCUGUUCUAGCAGAUCCAGUGGCAGAAAAAUUAGAUGUAUGGAAGCUAGAGCGUGGCCAAUGGGGCAGAGCAGUCACGAUUCACCUGGAAGCAUAUCCUGACUAUUCCCUUAAGACAAGUGUUGUGGUGCCAUUAGCUGUUGAUCGCGAUUAUGGGAGCAUCCUGCUCAACACUGGGAGGAAAAUUGGACUGUAUGAUCCAGUAGAGCAAGCAAUUGAAAAUUUGUAUUCACUUGAUCAGGUGCCGGUGGUCAGAAUUGACAUGUCUUCAACUUCAUCAGCGGCGGAGAUGAAUAGAAUGGACUCUAAGAUGAUUCCUUGUGUUCCAAUGUUAUAUGAGGAGAGCUUGGCAUGUUACACCCGUGUGCCCAAAAAACAAUUGCUGUGGUGAUACAUUUUCAAGGCACCUACCUUUAUAUAAACUACUCCCUCUGUAAAGAAAUAUAAGAGCUUUUAGAUCACUAAAAUAGUAUUCUAAAUGCUCUUAUAUUUCUUUACGGAGGGAGUAGUAUCUAUGUGUGAUAUCUUGCCUGCAUGUUGGCGAACUGAAACACCAAGCUUUGAUAAUAUAAUAGUAUGAAACAUUUUUAUUGUGAGUA